ACAAUAUUGAUUAAGUAUAAAGCGGCCAAAUGAAUUUGCGCGGUGUGUCAAGGCUGUUUCAAGUUCAUGCCUUGGUAGUUAUUGAAAGUUCUCGAAAACAGAUAAUUAUUCAUUCAUCAAUAACAACAAUGCUCAUGGUACGGACAGUAAUAUCAAGCCAUAUCCGGUUGUUGUCUACAACAGAAUCCCUAAAACAGGUAGCACAUCUUUAAUAAACUUAGUCUAUCAAUUAAUUGAAGAGAAUUACAGUCAUACACAUGUGAUACACUUGAACAUUUCUUCAAAUAAACAUUAUUUAAAUCGUGUAAAUGAAUUAUAUCUUACAGAUAAUUUGACACAUUGGACCAGUAUGCAUCCACUGAUUAUACAUGGGCAUUUCGCUUAUAUAAAUUUUAUCAAAUAUGGAUCAUUGUUUAACCCAAUAUAUAUUAAUAUGAUAAGAAAUCCACUAGACAGAUUAGUGUCUUAUUAUUACUUUCUACGAUAUGGUGAUGAUUAUAGGCCAUAUCUGAUACGUAAACGUAUGUUUGAUAUUGUGACUCGCAACCAAACAUUUGAUGAAUGUGUUCUUGUAAAUGGUAGUGAUUGUAGCCCACAACUUCUAUGGGUCCAAGUAAGCAAACAAAUUUUAUUUCUAAACGUGAAAAAUCAUUUAAAAUCAUUUCAGUGAUUAAUUAUAACCCUAAAGAGGCUGUAAUCAGUUUUCUGGGUAAAAUUUUGAAAUUACUCACGUUUCAAUCGUUGAAAUUGUUUCAGGACAUUUAAUGUCCUUUAUAUACUCGGCGCUCAGCUUGUCAAACUAUUUGUUCGAAAGUGUGUCCAUUCACCUCUAGCGUCUUUUCCCAAUCUCCUCAGAUGGCAGUUAGUUGAUUGUCUCUAACCAGUGGAUCUUGAGUAUUGUGUGUAGACAGCUGUUCACAAGUACCAGUAGAUUUUUGGUGCUGGUUGUGGUUGUCCUCCGCUUUUCAGCUCCGUAUAGUAGGACUGUUUUAACAUUAGUGUUGACAAUACUGACUCUGCCCUUGUGUGACAGUUCUUUUGAGUUUCACAUAUUUCGAUAGUAUAAUAAGAAGACGAAGAUGAUCAAAAAUAUGUGAUAUAUUAGCGCAAUACAUUUCGAACGAAGCAGUGUUUAGAUGAUUUUUUCUGUUUGGCGUUUUUUUGCAAGGUGGUGUUGGUAAACCUGUAGUCACCAUUUCUCCUUUGCCGGGAACUGGGAGUAACCGUGAAAGGUUACAUGUAGAGCUGAUAAACUAUUAACAGUAGUGAGUUAAUUUAAAGAUCGAAUAUUGGCAUUUUAUAGAGUGCUGAUAUCUACUAUUUUGAUUUCCAUUGAUUCAUUAUAUAAUGGUUAAAACUAUUGUAUCCAAAUCCAUGGCUGGAUAGUACUGAUAUACCAUAAGUUUCACUGGUUAGUCGGUUCUAAUAUAAAUCACCUCUACAUUGUUCUCCUCAUUUGACACUUCAGUGCGCAGUUGAUUGAUCACUGAAUAAUAAUGAAUGUCAUUUUUGUCUAGUCCUUUGUAUUAAGUGUAAAACCUACUCUCUACAAAAUAUCAUUUAUUGUGACUGUGAUUUACAGUAGAAUCUCAGACCGUUCAAUUUAUAAAUGUGCAUUGCUAAAGUGAAUCCGGGUUAAAUAUAAUAAAAUAUAUUAACAGGAAGCUUAUUUAUAAGCUAUCUAAAUUAACAAGAAUUUGCUUCAAAGCAUAUAUUUUAGUAAGUCAUCAUGGAGCAUUGUUUUGUGUGUAUACUUCAAUUAAUCUUGUGCCGCACUAAAAGUUAAACGAAUAAUAUAUAUCUUUCACCAGAAGGUUUGCUAUUCUGUAGCAUGACUAUAAUUUAUGUUAAGUAGCUCACAACUCAUGAGUUUAGUUGAUUUUGAAUCUGUUAAUAGGAAAAAUAUUCAGAAUAGGAUAAAAACUAGCACUAUGCGUCAAAAAUGUAGAUAAUGAGACAUAUCCAGUCAUAUGUAGUCUUAAUUUUAUUAAACACAUGCUUGAAUGAAGUGACUAGUAGACAAACGUAUAUUAUCUAAAAUUUUAACUUUCUAUCGAUUCACUGUAUUUAUAAAUUUUUAAGGUACCGUUUUUCUGCGGACAAGCAGCGUAUUGCAGAAUCCCUGGUAAUGCAGUUGCUGUAGAAACUGCUAAACGUCGUGUGAUUGAAGAUUAUCUUAUUGUUGGCCUGACAGAAGAAUUUAAUAAAUUUGUCGACUUGCUAGAAAUACUUUUACCAUCAUUCUUUACCGGUGCUCAUAAUCUAAUAUCUCGUUCAAAGGAUAAAUGGCAUCUAAGACGCACAAAUUAUAAAUUGCCAAUUAGUAAAGCAACAACUAAAAUAUAUCAAGACAAUCCGAUUUGGCAAGCUGAACAAGAGUUUUACAACUUUGUUCGUACAGAAUUUCAUACAAUACUCAGUGCUCUCCAAGGACAGUUUUCACACCAACCACUUUCAAAAUUUUCUGCAUUGUAUAAAGAAAAAAUUAAUUUUGAUAAAAUUCGCCCAAAAUUUGGCGCUUAACUUCGAAUACUUUUUUUGCUCUAAUAUUUACAGUCCUUUUAUUAUGAUAGACAUUUCAGAAAAUCAUUUAUUUGUACCAUGUUUUAUACUUUAUUUUAUUAACCGCUUUUAUUCACAUUGAGUUGCAUUUACCUUAAUUGAAAUCACCCUGUACAAUUAAAAGUCCUUUACUCUGGGUUUUUUCAUGAGGAUUUAGUAAAUUUGAUCAAUUUCACAGAUCAAGUUAUUUGUUACUUUUUUUCAGCUAUAUCAAUUUUAUGCAUUUAAUAGAGAUUUUUGCUGACCUUUAAAUGAAUGCUUAUUAGUUCUGUUAUAAAAAAAAUAAUGGGAAGGUAGCUUAGAUAUUUGUGGAUUGAUGAUAAUGUAGUCUACAUGUGCCUAAUGUUGUUUGUUACUGAGUAGAAAUAUUAUGUACAAGGAUGUCAUAGUAUGUUGCAGAAGUCGAUGCUGUUGUCCAGUUAAUAUAGUAAGUAAACUUUUAACAGCGAAUUUAAAAUUGGUGUAUGUUGUGGAUGCGGAGGAAUAGACCAAUAAUUAUCAUGUUAAGUCCAAUGGUGUCCUUGGACUUUAAAUGGACAUUUCCUAUUGGUCGAUAUCUGUUCACUUGUUGAAUAUUGUACAAAAUGUUGUUUUCUAUUUUAUGGUACGAUGUGGUAUGCUUGAUUGGUAUAUAAACAAAGUAUGUUCGAAAUAUAAUGAUUCAUAUCUCAGAGGCUGUGGCUUGUGUUCUGGACUCAACUGGCUGGGCUGGACAGGGAAGCAGGACCAAUCAGAACUGUAGGUCGUCCGUUCGUGUUUACGUGUCACUGUCACCGGAUCGAUCAAUAAACGCUGCUUAUCAAAACCUCCAGUCACACCCGUCAUAACAAUUUGCGACGGGGUGUAGAAAAAUUUUGAACCUUGUAAUUGGACGAGAUUCAGGCUAAUUGUUUCAACCAACCAGCAUCCUUGAGCAACAUUGGUCAUUAUUCCUACAGUUAAUUGUCAUUGCAGGUGCUGAAAAAAAUGACUACCUUUUCCGAUCAAUUACAGCUUCUACUUGAGCAACAACAGCAGUGCUUCAAAAAUAGCCAGUUGAAUUUUUUAGGAAAUUUACGCACACUGUUGGUAAAUUUUCCAUGUUUCGGAAAUGCAACAGAAGUUGGUAAGUUCAUUUCUCAUCUGCAGACUGAGCUGGAAAACAACUGCAGAACAUAUGAAGCUGCCUAUAAAAGCCUCUGUGAAUCCCGGACGACCAGUGAUGUAAACGAGAAAGUUAUUCAUGAUCCGCCCAGUUGUCCAGAAAUGUCAAAUUCAGAAACAUUCCCUGUCGUGGGUUCAAAUCCCACUGUUCCUGAAACGUGUACAGACAGUGAUGUACCCAGCUCACAGGAAGAAGAUCUCUUAUUAAAUGCUCAUAAGUUAAUUACAGUACCCUCUCACAAGGAAACAGGAAACAAAUCGUGCAGUAUACUGAGUCUAGCUGCUCCAAACGGUCCUCAUCAGUCAAGAACAGGAGAUUCUGGUGAAUCUUAUUAUCUAGAUCCUCUUGUACCAGAAAAUGUGUUAGAUGCACCAAGUGAUGAUCAGAAGUUUAAUACAAUUUUGAUAGAUGUUAAUUAUCCCAGUGAUCAAGUAUCCACAAAUGAGAUUUUCAAGGAAUUCUAUGGGAAUGUUCCAGAAGAAUCGAACGUUGAUGACCUCAUAUCAAGCGACGUUGGUCCACACUACUUAGUCACUUUUAGUGACUUCUCUGUUCCAUGUGACAAUUAUGUGUUAAAUAAAGUCAAAUUAAUUUUAACUUGGGGAUAUGAGGACCCAACAUUAUUUCGUGGGGGAGGAUGAACCCAGAAAAUUUCAAAAUCCGGAUAUCAACUCCGGAUCUUCAAAAAAAGGGAUGUUGUGGAUGCGGAGGAAUAGACCAAUAAUUAUCAUGUUAAGUCCAAUGGUGUCCUUGGACUUUAAAUGGACAUUUCCUAUUGGUCGAUAUCUGUUCACUUGUUGAAUAUUGUACAAAAUGUUGUUUUCUGUUUUAUGGUACGAUGUGGUAUGCUUGAUUGGUAUAUAAACAAAGUAUGUUCGAAAUAUAAUGAUUCAUAUCUCAGAGGCUGUGGCUUGUGUUCUGGACUCAACUGGCUG